GACGGGUGUUUAGCAUCGACACACUUAUCGCAUGCUGACGAAUUUUUUCGUUCCUGCUUUAGGCACGAACGACUUUUCUAUUAAUAACCGCAAAUUUGAUCAACAUCCUGCGUGAAGUAACGAUACUAAAAAUAACCCCGCCGAGGUAUUAUUAUUAUCCAAAGUUGGUGCAAGUUUAGGUUAUCAUAAGUUACACAUAACAAUUACGCAGCGUGGCUCGCAUAAGCCCUCGGAUCGAGAGAGCGCGUGCGCUUACUCAAUCGCUUUCGACCUCCUACAUCGAAAAUACCAUUUCGAUGAUUGGCGUCGUCGAUUCUCAAAUAUCCGUCAGUGCAGAGUUGCGCGUGUACGCCUCACUCAGUCUUUUAUAUACGUAAAUUCAGUAAUAUCGGCGCAACGGUCAUCGAAAUACUUCACGAAGAUGAAGGAGAGCAUCAGGUCAAAGCUCGAUUCGGACGGUUACGUGGUGCUCGAGGACUUUCUGAGCGAGAAAGAGGUCGACGAGCUGAAGGACGAGAUCCAAAUUUUGAUCGGCAACAUGCCGGAUCAGGCGCAGCGGACGAUUUUUAGCGGCAAAGAGGCGGAUAAUCAACAGAAUAAAGCGACAUAUUUCUUGGAGAGCGCCGACAAGAUCGGCUAUUUUUUCGACGCGGGCGCCGUCGGCCGCGACGGCGGGUUGCUGACGCGGACGCCGCGCGCGUCAUUGAACAAAAUCGCUCACGCCCUUCACGAGCACGAUCCCGUGUUCCGCAGGGCGACGACGAGCGAGCGCGUCAAAGAGGCCGCGUUUCAGCUCGGUUUCGAGGAGCCGCUCGUGGUGCAGAGCAUGUACAUAUUUAAAAACCCCGGCAAAGACGCGGAAGUGAAGCCGCACCAGGACGCGUCCUACCUGUACACGGAGCCCGUCUCCGUUGUGGGCUUUUGGAUCGCGUUGGAGGACGCCACCAUCGAAAACGGGUGCCUGUGGUUCGCGCGGGGGUCCCACCGGAGCGGCGUGCACCGCCGUUACCGUAGGAAUCGCGACCCUGCGUCUCCGGAGCUGCUCGUCUACGACUCUCCGGCCCCCGUAUAUCAAAAGAGCAGCUUCGAACCCGUAUCGGUGACCAAGGGCACGUGCAUAUUGAUCCACGGACAGGUGGUUCACUUUAGCGAAGCCAAUCGAUCGUCCCGAUCGAGGGACGCGUACACUUUCCACGUGAUCGAGGGGAAAGGCACGACGUACCCCGAAGACAACUGGUUGCAACUGCCGCCCAACAAAACUUUUCUGAAUUUGUAUAAAAACUGAGUUCAUCG